ACUCCACCAACACCACACUACCACAACCACAACCACAACACAACCGCCACAAUGGCAUCAUCCAACGAUGCCACCGACUCACCACCCGAUGACCCCUCCCCCAUCUUCACCACCUUCCACCCUGGCGCCAUAAACCCCGCCCUAUUCCACAAGCCCGACUUCCUAACCCUCCACCUCCGCUGGGGCAGCCAACGCACCUGGACACGAGUCGCGCACGAACGCGCCCGCCUCACCAUCCAAAAACAAAUGUCCAUGGUCCAACGACCCCUCACACAGCCCGAAACCGACUGCAUAGUUGAACGAAGCACCCGACAUCUCUACCACCAGGUGUUCGGUGUCCCGAUUGGGAUGCUCAUCGGCGUGGUACGGAAUAUUCAAAUCGUCAAGAAACACCCGACCUACCUGGACCUCUUCAAAGGGUUUGAGGAGAAUCCUACACGGGAGGCAUUCAAUCUGGCCAUGGAUCGGUUUAAAGCGGCGGAUCCGGUUGCGUAUAGGAGGGCGAUGUUCAUUGGGGGAGUCCGUGUGUUGUGGUGGAUGAUGCUAGGCCAGUUCAUGUGGAAUCACUGGAUUAAUAUGAGGAGUUUGAUGAAGGCUUUGGCUGAUGAUAGGAUGAAGACGUUUUUCGAGGAUUAUAAGAAUGCCGUCAAGACGGCGGAUGUGAGGGGCGUGGCGCCGGGGAUCGUGCCGGCGAUUUGGGAGAACCGGAGCAAUUAUCCGAAGGGGCAGAUACCAGUGCAGGAGCAGGAGCAAGUGCAACAGAGGGAUAUUGUGUAUGGGGGGUCCGGGUCGGAUGAGGAGGCAACGAAGUUUGGGGCGAGUACGACGACUUGGGGGAGCCGAGAGGAGGAGGAGAAGAUGAAGAAGGUGGAGGAACAGAGAUCAAGACCGAGAUGGUUUGGCCCGGAUGGAGCUGGGACUCUUCCUCCUGCUGCUCGGGUUCGUGCCCCGGCUGUUCCUGAACCUAGUGAGGACAAGGGGGGUGUUUUCUGGGAGGAUGAGGAUGAUGCUAGUCCUGUGGCGCCAGCGUAUCGGGAUUCGAUCCCUGGGGAGAGUGCUUGGGACCGGAUCCGGAGGCAGAAUAAUGGGGGUGCCUCGCAGCAGAGGCCGGUAUCUAAGCCGGUGCAGUCGGAUCCUGUCCCAGAUAGGGACCAUGGGAGAAGCAGUGAGCGCGAGCAGGCGCAGGCCGAGUUUGAUAAGAUGCUGGACAACGAGCGGAAGAUGUCGACGGAUGUUCUCCAGGGCACGCAGCAGAAGAAUGGUGCCUGGUGGGGGAAAUGGAACUGAUCUGGAUGUGUCCUUGUAUGAUAGAUAUCCCUUGUUCGAUAGAUGGGUUUGUAAAUGCUAGCAGACUCCCCUCUGAGCGUAUGACCAACAGUC